AUGGUGUGUUCAGUACCAAUACCUGCUCAAAGCAGCCAAGGUGGUGGUGAGAUCAACUCUUCAUCUGUCGGGGGCCGCCACAGUCCAGAGGUGCGUGCUCGCCUCGAGAGCGGGCCCUGUGCCGCCGCUCAUUCCCCUCUGGCUGAGCGCAACGGAUUCUUGCAGCUGCGACUCGACGGAUACCAAGCCAGCUUCUUGAUGUCCACGCUGCGGAACCUGGCUCACUUCCUGGAGGACGACUCUGCGCCACAGGUGCUGCCCAUGGAGAUCAGCGUCAGGGACACACACAUCAAUUUAAAGGACGACGAUCCCCGCGACAAUCCCUCCGACUCUGAGCCCUCGCCGAUCAUCCUGCAUGUGGACAGUCUCGUCAUACACCGGAGAGACGACGGCUCCUUCUCUAUAGGAGUGGACACCGCAGCGGAGACCAACCCAAGGAAAGAAGGACCGUUAAAUGACAGUGCUCUGGCUCCGGUCCCUGAGGUUAUGGGUGGCGUCUGCGGUGUACCAAAGGCUACACAGACCCAAGCCCCGCCCACCAGCCCUCCUCCAUCUAGCAGAGAAAAG